CACAACAAAAACACCUGCACUUACAUCUGAGAACUCACAAAGGAGAGAGACCAUAUAAAUGUAAAGAGUGUGGGAAAAGCUUCAGUCGGAGUUCAGUGCUCAAAGAUCAUGCCAUGAGUCACAGAAUGGAACAACCUUAUAAAUGUGUUGAGUGUGGGAAAAGAUUUAGAGAGAAGACGAUCCUUGCAUAUCAUCGUUACAUCGUCCAUAGGGUGGAGAGACCUUAUAAGUGUCCAGACUGUGGUCAGCUCUUUGUCCUGAGAGAGAGACUUAUUCAGCAUCAGAGAAUCCAUGCAGGAGUGGAACAUGGAGGAUUUAACGAUGGGAUCAUGAGUGAAGGUGAGGCUAAGAAUCUUCCAUGUGAAGGACCUACAAGAGCAGAAUCGCAUAGGACACUCUCAGGAAGUCCCUGGGGUCCUGAUCAGGGAAAAGGCAAUGGAAGUCAGGGCAAAGCACGAAGGCAGCAGAGACGCCCUGCAGGCAAAAGAGGCAGUGUGGCUAACCGCAAUGAAAGAGAUUCCAGGAAACUGAAAAGCACUAUCACCGCCCAGAGCACCAACAGCGGAGCAGAAACAAGCAAAACUGGUGACAAGGAGACAGGCUCCAAUAGCAGCUCAGUCCUUGCUGUGCAUCAGAAAAUUCACCAGGAAGAGAAACGUUACAGCUGUUCUGAAUGUGGAAAAAGCUACCAACAGCAUGCUCACCUUCGAAGGCAUCAGAAGAACCACACCGGAGAGAGACCUUAUGUAUGUGCUGAGUGUGGAAAGAGCUUUGUGUACAGAUCGAUACUCAGCAGACACGAAAGGACCCACAAAGAGGAGAAAAACUACAUUUGCACUGAUUGUGGGAAAACCUUCAGUGAAUAUUCAUACCUUACAGCACAUCAGCGAAUCCACAGGGAAGAGAGACCUUAUCAGUGUCCUGACUGCGACAAAAGCUUUAGACUGCGUGGACACUUCACCAGUCACCGUAGAACCCACACUGGGGAUAAACCUUAUAAAUGCACAGACUGUGGGCAAGGUUUUGGGCGGAAAUCAACCCUGACUAAACACAUGAGAAUACACACCGGAGAGCGGCCAUAUAAAUGCACCCAGUGUGAGAAGAGCUUUCGUCAGAAGUUUGCUCUUUCCCAGCAUCAGUUGUUGCACCAGGGAGAGACUCCUUACAAAUGUACGGAAUGUGGGAAAAGCUUUCGUCAUAAGUACAGCCUUACCCAGCAUCAGUUAUUGCACCGGGGAGAGAAUCUUUACAAAUGUACGGAAUGUGGGAAAAGCUUUUGUCAGAAGUCCAGCCUUACCCAGCAUCAAUCUCUGCACCGUGGGGAGAAACCUCACAGAUGUAUGGAAUGUGGGAAAAACUUUCGUCAGAAGUCCAGCCUUACCCAGCAUCAAUCUCUGCAUCGGGGAGAGAGACCUCAUGAAUGUAUGGUUUGUGGGAAAAGCUUUCGUGUGAAGUCCAAGCUUACUGAGCAUCAGUCUGUGCAUUGGACAGAGAGACCUCACAGAUGUUCUGAAUGUGGGAAAAGCUUCAAAGGUCCAUCAGAUCUUAAUAAACACUUGGCAAAACUUCACAAGAAACUCAGUACAGCAAAUGUACAUUUAUAUCAAAUAGAUCUGCAAUCGUGAUGAUAGAAAAUAACAAGAGUGGAACUUUUUAAAUUCUUCACUCUCACUUAUCCUCAUCAAAUCUUGUAUUUUAGAAUGGGUGGGUAUUAUUGCCUUAUUUAUUAUUAUGGGAGCAGGAUGUGGGAGAGGAACAAAACUUGUGAAGAGAGGAACAGAUUUGUGAAAUGGGGUCGGGGAAUGAUUAGUGGGGAUUUCGAGGGCGUGGAGUUGAAUUUUGCGAGUUGAGCAGUGGCAUGCCAUCUGUGGAUGCCAAGCCUGAACUGCAUCCCCUUGUGAGCCCGGAAUAUGCCUUCCUGGCUGGCUGUGCCAGUGAGACAAUCCCAUCCGGCCCCUGAGCACACAUGCAGGAUACCUGUUUGUAGACUAAAAUGGCAUCCUCCACACAUUCGGAUGACCCAGGUAUUAUAUAUAAAAUUAUCAUGUCACUUAACAGAUUGAUAACCUAACUGAGAUAUGUCAACUGUAACUGUAAACAAUGACUCAUCAUUGAAUAGGUGUGUUCCUAUUGAGAUCCUGUAGAGAUUGGUUAUUACAACGUUUUUAUCAAUGACCUGGAAAAAAAGGCUGAUAGAGUUUGCAAGAGACACAGAAAUAACAAACAGGACAGGUCGCUGAUUCACAGUGAACUGGGUCACUUUGCAAACUGGGCACAAGAAAACAUUAUGCAUUUUAAUGCUGCUAAACGUAAAUGCCUUCAUGUAUGAAUGCCUUUCGGAUUCUUUCCUGGGAAGGUGUGAGCCUGGAAAAAAUUUGGGGUUAUAGUAAAUAUUCAGUUGACUAUGAGCUCCCAAUGUAUUGCUGUCUCCAAAACAGUGCAGUCCUGAGAUGCAAAACCAGGGAGAUCUUGAAGUGGAGUAGAAAGGUUAUUUUUCCUCUGUUUUUGGCACUGUGCAACUGUAUUUGUAAUACGUAUCUCAGGGCUUACUCCUUAAAUUUUGCUAGUACAGUUAUACCAGCAGAACUUCCUAUGAAUAAGUGCGUCAUCAUGGGAAGUUACGGUGAUAAUUUUUAAGCCGUUAGCAAGAGAAGUUUUAAAGAUGAUGGGAGAACAAGACUAAAUCAGCCCUGUCACAUACACAAAGUAGCUGUGUGCUAGGCACUAACUGAAUAUAGCACUAUUGACUAAUGAUGCAGCUCUCUUCCAAGGGCAUAUGGGUAAUAAUGGGUUGCCAAUGUGUGGAAGGCAAGUAUUGAAAAUUGGCUAUUGUAAUUGGUAAUGCCGAUCCUACUUCCUCUUUGAGUUGUACAUCCCACAGUCCACUGAAGGUAUCCAGAAAAAAAUACCCGUAAUUCUUUCUACAGGGACCUGCUACUUAGCCAUAUGAAUAGCUGCUUAAAAUGUUUCACAGUUUACUCCUGAAAAUAAAGCUGGGUAGAGAGUUGGGUAAGAAAUGAAAAGAGAAAAUGCCCCAUUUAACUUGCAACUGAUGAAGCCCUAUUGUGACUUGUUAGCUUGUGAAGUCCCAGAAGGCUGUGCAGCUAUGCAAAGUAUGAAAUAUACGUGUGACAGAUUGCUAGGCUUGCUGGUGAAAUAAGGAAAGGAGAGGUACUGAGAGUGUGCUGUUUGCAGAUAUUUUAGCCAUUAAUAGCAGGUCCCAAAUGUUUUGUUGUGUAAAGGACAGGCAAGUGGUAGGAACACAACAAGGAAGUAACUCAGCUGUAAACAACUGGGCUGUGUCUACAUUGGUGCGAUCUUGCGCAAAACCAGCCACUUUUGUGCCAAAACUUACUGCCUGUCUACACUGGCAUGAGUUCUUGCACAAGAACACUGACGUUCUGA